AUGAUCAACAACAACAACAACAACAACAUUAGUAGUAGUCCUUCACAAAUUGUAAAUAGAACAAUAGAUAGUAAUAGUAGCGGUAGUAGGAAUGUAAAUACACUUGUAAAUAGGAAUAGAGGAGUUGGUGUUGCAACGGGCAACAAUGCAACUGGUAACAGUAGUAGUGGUAGUAGCCCUAGUAGUGGACAACGUAGACUUGUCGUACCUCAACUAAACAGAGCGACAAGUGGACUCUUUCCACAAUACGCAGACCAACCCGAUAUUGUCCGAGCAUCCCAAAAGGAUGACUUCUACAAGCGUCUCUUUGAAGAGCAGGUCUUUGAGAUCUUGACUCGUCUAGCAGGCCCUAGAGUGAUGAUCAAUCGACAGAAUGAAUCAAAGUUCGCAUCAAACUUGUCUUACUUUAUAUUGACGACGAUGCUUGGAGCGCAGACACUUGGCGAGGAGUAUUGUAAUCUGAGACAGAUCAAGGAUAGCAGCUUCACGAUACCAGGCAUCAAGGAUAGGUGUCGUCUGCUGUUCUUCCAGCUGCUGGCACCAUACCUCGUGCGUAGAUAUAUACCAAAGGUGUUUAUGCGCUUUCCCAACCUGUUCUCAUUGAAAGAGUUGAUGCCCAAGCUAGAGCGAUUACAUCUUGCACUAUUCUACUUUAAUGGCUCAUACUAUGAGUUCUCCAAACGUCUUUCCAACAUACGUUAUAUAUUCAAUCGCAAAGUUGAUCAACGUCGUCCUAAAUAUCACAUCCUUGGACUACUGAUCAUCAUUCAAUUGAUCGUCUCCUCCAUCAUAUACCUAAAGGAGAACUCAUUCUUUUCCAAACGAAUGGAUCUCAGUAUAGAGUCACUCUUUUCACCAACAUCAUCAGAUGGUUCUCAACAAUCAAUGGAUGAAACACAAUAUAAUGCACAGGAUGAGGAGGAGACUUCGAGUGAGGGCAAAUGCACUCUAUGUCUAGAGACAAGGAAGAACACAACGUCAACAAUACCAUUGGAUAUGCCUCCAGCACUGGCCACACUCUCGUUGUACUGGUUGUAUCUUCUCACACCUGGAACACUGCCAUCCACUCUGACCUCGUUGACCUACUACAUGCCGGGCAGUCCGCCAAUCCCAGUCGGCGUGUUGCCACAGUCCCUGCGCAUAUUGGAUAUCUGGACCCGUGAUAUCAUCCCUACCUCAUUGCCACCUUCACUAAAGGAACUGAUCCUUGAUCAUUUCAAUCUGGCACUCCAACCAAACAUGUUGCCAUCAUCGAUCACCAAAUUGAAGUUUAGAGAGUAUGAUAUGGUCAUCGCGCCGGGUACCCUGCCCUCGUCACUCACUCAUCUAUCGACGGGACCGCGGUUCAAUCGGCUGAUCGCGAUUGGCGUGCUGCCCGAAUCACUUCUCUCACUCAAGCUCGGACGAAGCUUCAAACAACGACUGGCACCUGGUACACUUCCGCUUGGACUUGCUACACUAAAUCUCGAAAACAACUCAUACAACCAAGAACUUGGACCGGGUUGCUUGCCCCCGUCACUCGCCAGCAUGACAUCACACUCACAUGCGGCUGCUCUGGCCGACCUCCCAGACUCCAUCACAUUCCUCACCCUAUGCGAGCAACCCAGAGAAGGUUGUGUAUUACCAAUCUCUUUGACCAAACUUUGUCUCGAAGGAUUUGGAAGAAGUGGGGAACAAAUGAUUCCUGGAUCCAUCCCACCAACGCUCACCUACCUUGAUUACAACUCCAGACACAAAGUGUCCUUAUGGGGUUUGGACAAGGCCAUAUCGAUAACAACAAUCAAGUUUGGACUGAAUUUUCAGUUGCCAAUCCAACCUGGCACUCUACCGCAAUCAUUGACCACGCUCAAGUUUGCCUACAAGUAUUCACAACCAUUGCCUGCAGGAUGUCUGCCACAGUCCCUCACCAAACUCACCCUUGGUUCAUUAUACAAUCAAGACGUCGUCGAAUUUCCACAACAAUGUCUGGUGGACAUUAAAGCACCAUUACGAUACCUACAAGAUGGCGUCAUACCACGCACAGUCAAACGAUUCAAAGUGGCCUGCAUGCUACUCAACUUUGAAAUGAUUGGCAAGUUGGUCAAAGCAUUUCCAAACGUCUCAACAUACCAAGUCGUAGAUGGUAUCAAUCCCCCACAGAUGAUGGUGUCAAUAUAA